GUAAUAUGGCUACUGAUAUGUCAUAACAACAACAACAACACAGAGACAUACCGUUCCCCUCAUAUGCGCGCAAACACACCGAUUGCACGACUGUCCACAUCACCGAUCGCCGCCACCUCAAGACAUCGCACUCAUCGCUGGCCAACGACACCAAAGCGGACGCCACGGCCUCAGCGGUCGCACCGGUUGCCGGCGCUGACGGCCACCACCUCUGGAGGGCUAACACUGUGUCGUCGCCCACCCCUCGCGCCCAACCCAACAGCAACUACACGCCCGGCCACACCUCCCCCGGCAUCGCGAUGGCCGUCAACGGGGGCGCCGGGAGUGCGUCGGACGCGGACAGCGAUGACAGCGGCGGCCAAUCGCCAGCACCGCCGUCGCCGCCAUCGGUGGUGAAGCCCAGGGAUCGCAGCGCUUCGUUACCUCACCUCUCGAUGCACUCAUCGGGAGGGCAGUCGUCGGACGAGCACUGGCCCGACGACCAGCACCACCACUACCACCACCAGCACCUGUACCACAGCCCGAACUGCGCGUACAACGGGUCGGCCGCCGCGCACUGUCGCCACUCGACACCCCUGUCCCGCACGACGUCCUUCCGCGUGGAGACGAAGUCGUACCGUAUGUUCCGCGCCUCAGAUCUAGUCAAAGGCGAACUGCUCGGCAAAGGCUUCUUCGGCGAGGUCUUCCUCGUGACGCACAGACUCAGCGCCGAGAAGAUGGUCCUCAAGGAGUUGUAUAGAGUGGAAGAGGAGGCGGAGAACAACUUCGUCAAAGAGGUGGCAGUGCUCCGGGCGCUCACCCAUCCCAAUGUCCUGCGCUUCAUAGGCGUGCUCUACAGGGAUAAGAAGCUCCAUCUGCUCACGGAGUUCAUCAGCGGCGGUACGCUCAAGGAGCUCAUCCACGACCUCCAGAGGCCCCUGUCGUGGAGGUACCGGAUGUCGGCCGCUAAAGACAUCGCCUCCGGCAUGAAUUACUUGCAUUCCAUGAAUAUUAUCCAUCGGGAUCUCAAUUCGCAGAACUGUUUGGUGAAGGACGAGGGGACGGUAGUGGUGGCCGACUUCGGGUUGGCUAAGAUUAUUGCCACCAAUAAUAGGAGGUUUUCCGGUGGCGGCGCCGGUAGUGGCGGUAAGCGUAGGGAUAGGCGCAAGAGGUAUACCGUUGUGGGCAAUCCCUAUUGGAUGGCACCCGAGAUGAUGAAAGGGAAGAAGUACGACGAAAAGGUGGACAUCUUCUCGUUCGGCAUUAUCUUAUGCGAAAUAAUCGGUCGCGUGUUGGCUGACCCGGACUACUUGCCCCGCAAUUCGGACUUUGGUCUCAACAAAAUCGUGUUUAAAGAGAAGUUCUGUGAGUCGUGUCCGGAGUUCUUCUUUCGCAUAGCAUUCCUGUGCACCGAAGUGGACGCCGAAGACAGGCCUCCGUUCGAGACGCUGGAGCGCUGGCUGGCGAACAUAGCGCUGUAUUUCCCGACAUUACACACCAUUCCCAAGGAGCUGAUGAAUGAGAUCGUGUCGUUCCCCGACUAUCAGUCGGCGCUGAGGGCCAAUAGGCGCCGCCGACCGCAUAGGACCCGUAGG